AUGAACGAAAUUCGUCCUGGUUUUCAAACUCGAACAUUUGAUCGACUUUUCAGACAUAAAAUUGUCGAACAAGAUGACAAGGCAGAUAAAAGUGGCAAAGAAGUUUUGACAUCAGAUGAAUUUAUAACUUUCUUUCAUGUACUUACUCGUCGCAAAGAUCUUUAUGCAAUAAUGCAACAAUAUGUCAAAGAUGGUGAUAAACAAUCUAUGGAUAGUAUUUCUAUGAAUAUCGAUGAACUUUUAUAUUUUCUUCAAAAUAGUCAAAAUCAAACAAUAAUAAAAUAUCAAUCAAAUGAAUCAACAUCUGAUUAUUCACUUGUUUCAAUUACUCAACGUGAACAAGUACAAAAAUUAAUCGAUGAAUUUGAAACAGAUGUUGAAUUACAAGAAAAUGGUCAACUUAGUUUGAAUGGUUUAAACUUAUUAUUAUCCGACGACUUUUCUCUGAUGAAACCAUGGUGUUCUCGUCAUAUUUAUCAAGAUAUGACAAGACCAUUGACUGAUUAUUAUAUUAACACAUCACAUAAUACUUAUCUAUUUACUAAUCAAAUAUCUGGAGAUAGUAAUCCUGAAGCAUAUAAUCGAGCAUUAUGUGCAGGUUGUCGUGCAGUCGAAAUUGAUUGUUAUGAUGGUGCUAAUGGUCGACCAAUAGUUAAACAUGGAUAUACACUUGUAAAACCAUGUUUAUUUGAAUCUAUUAUUCGUUUUAUAGAACCGAAUCUUUUUAAAACAUCACCAUAUCCAGUUAUACUUGAUCUUGAAAAUCAUUGUUCAAUUGAACAACAACAUGAGAUGGCUCGUAUUCUAAAACAAGUUCUCGGAGAUCGAUUAGUAACUGAACUUCUAACUACAAAUGAUUCAUCAGUUUUACCAUCGCCAGAAGAUCUGAAAUAUAAAGUUCUUAUUCGAGUUAUUGAACAUGAUUUAGGUAAACUUUUUAUUUAUUUUCAAAAUAUACCUUAUCUUCAAUAUGAAGAAGAUAAAGAUAAUUGUUCAUGUUGUCAUUCACCAAAUCUUGCUGAAAAACAUUUUGAUCAAAUGUCACGAAAUGAUCCAAUAAAUUUAAUUAAACAAACAAGAAAAAGUUCAUUUCGAAUGUAUCCAGAUGGUUUAAGACAAGAUUCAAGUAAUCCUAAUCCAAUAAAUGCUUGGAAUUUUGGUAUUCAUAUGGUUGCAUUAAAUUUUCAAAAUGAUGAUUUAAUUAUGUCAUUAUCUUAUGGAAAAUUUAUUGAUAAUGGUGGAUGUGGUUAUAUACUUAAACCAAAAUAUUUAAUUAAUCAAUAUGAAAAUAAAUUUAAUCCAUUUGAUUAUUUAGAAAAACCAUCUAUAUUACGAUAUAAUAUAUUUGAAUAUUCUCAACGUUUAAUAAUAACUAUAAUUAGUGGACAAUUUUUAUCUCGAUCAAAUGAAACAACAAGAGAUAUACCAGAUCCAUAUGUUGUUGUAUCAACACAUGGAAUAUCAUCUGAUCAACAAUCACAAAGAACAAAAUUUAUAGAAAAUAAUGGAUUUGAUCCAUUAUGGAAUGAAACAUUUCAAUUUAAUAUUUAUUUUCCACAAAUGUGUCUUGUUCGUUUUGAUAUUUAUGAUUAUGAUAUAUUUACAAAAGAUGAUAGAAUUGCGUAUUUUUGUUUACCAAUGACAACUAUGCAAACAGGUAAUGUUCAACGAAAUUAA